AUGUCCAGCCUCCCGACCGCCGCAUCCUACCUGUCCGCCGUCUCCGAGGCCGACGCACGCGCCCGUGCUCACGGCGCGACCCCCACGUCGACCCCCGCCCUUUCCAUGUCCUCCUCGGUCACCUCUAGCUCGGAGGACACCGUCCUGGACGAGAGUGGUGUUGAUGUUGCUGACGGGCUCUCGUACCCUCGCGUGCCCCCCACGUCGGACCAGGUGUUCACGACGGUGCACUCGGAGUUCGGGCAUUGCGCGAACGAGGACUAUCGGUACACGUCGCAGCACCGCGCGGGAACGCCGUACAAGAGCAUCCCGGAGCAGGACCCGCCGUAUUAUAUUCUCCUCACGACGUACAUUAGCUACAUCAUCGUAAUCUGCCUGGGGCACGUCCGCGACUUCGUUGGCAAGAGGUUCCGCCGGGCAAACUACAAGCACUUGCUGCCGUGGAACGGCUACGCGGCUCUCAACUCGGACUUCGACUCGUUCUACACCCGCCGCCUCAAACUGCGCAUCGACGAUUGCUUCUCCCACCCCACCACCGGGGUGCCCGGCCGCACGAUCGUCCUCCUCGACCGUUACUCUACAGACUACAACAAGACGAUGGUCCUGACCGGCACGCGCACGCGCGCCUUGAACAUCUCGUCGUACAACUACCUCGGCUUUGCGCAGGGCAAGGGCCCGUGCACUGCCGCAGUGGAGGCCGCCGUGGAGAAGUACGGCUGGUCGUCCGGCGGGACGCGUCUCGAGGCAGGUAACCUCGACCUGCACCAGCAGGCGGAGGCGCUUGUUGCGCGGUUCAUGGGAACGGAGGAUGCUCUCAUCAGCUCCAUGGGCUUCGCAACGAACUCCAACAUCAUCCCAGGCUUGGUCGGCAAGGGCAGCUUGGUCAUCUCUGACGAGCUCAAUCAUGCGUCGAUUCGAUUCGGGGUGCGGCUCAGCGGGGCGAAUGUCCGUAUGUUCAAGCACAACGACAUGAAGUCGUUGGAGAACCUGUUGCGCGAGGUAAUCAGCCAGGGCCAACCGAAGACGCACCGGCCGUGGAAGAAGAUCCUGCUCAUCGUCGAGGGGCUGUACUCGAUGGAGGGGACGAUGGCGAACCUGCCCAUCAUCAUGGCCCUCAAGAAGAAGUACAAGUUCUACGUCUUCGUCGAUGAGGCUCACUCGGUCGGUGCGAUGGGUCCCCGCGGCCGAGGCGUCGCGGAUUACUUUGGCAUUAACCCACGUGAGAUCGACAUCCUCAUGGGCACGUUCACCAAGUCGUUCGGCGCCGCUGGUGGAUACAUUGCUGGCAACAAGGAGAUUAUCGACCGGCUUCGCAUCCAAGGCCACUCGUUCACGUACGCCGAGGCCAUGACCCCGCCUGUUCUCACCCAGAUCAUCGCGAGUAUGGCGAGCAUCAUGGGCGUCACUAUGCCCAAGACCCCCGAGAAGCCGUCGUCGCCGUCGCUCGCGCUCCUCCGCUCUCCGGAACCCGCUCCUGUGAUCCCCGAGAGUGAAGUCAUCCCUGGGACGGCUCCUGCGUCUGCCCUGCCUAGCUGGAUGCCGCUCGUUCCAAGCAUGAUCGACGGCUCGGACGGGAAGAUGCGCCUGCGCCGGCUCGCAUUCAACACGCGUUACCUCAACCGCGGCCUGCGCAAGCUCGGGUUCAUCACGUACGGCACGGACGACUCGCCAGUGGUGCCCCUGCUGCUGUUCCACCCGGGGAAGAUGGCGGUGUUCAGCCGGAUGAUGCGCACGCGCGCGGUGCCGAUCAUCAUCGUCGUCGUCGCGUACCCCGCGACGCCGCUGGUGACGAGCCGGGUGCGGUUCUGCCUGAGCGCGGCGCACACGAAGGAGGACAUCGACGAGGUGCUGCGGGCGUGCGACGAGAUCGGGAACCUGUUAGAUUUGAAGCACGCGGACGGGGAGCGGUGGCCGGUGGAGGAGAUCAUCGAGCGGGCGGUGGAGUUGGUGCGGAUGCCGGAGUGCCCGUGA